UCGCUGCGGUAUUAAUACAACAUGGCGUUCGCAUUGAUUUUCAUCAGCACAGAAUUUUCCAAUUCGCGCUGAACGGCUUUUUUCCUUUUUUACAAUACCAAGAUAGAAAAGAAAAACAACAAACCAUCCGAUUUCAGUUUGUUUUUUUUUUUGCAGUAACGUGUUUCAAUUCCCUGAUCCGAUUCAACUACAAAACAUCACCUUCUGUAUCCAGAGACAAUUUCAGCAGUUGAAUAGUAAUAAGAGUGCAAGAAAUUGGCAACCGAAAAAACAUCGAAUCUACCAUUAGCAACCAAAACGUAAAAACAAGCAACAGAAGAAGAAAAAAAAAAUAUUGGAAAAUUGGAAUUAAUUUGUGUUGAACGAAAAUUAUUGCUGUUCGGCUAUUGUUGUGUGUGCAUUGAAGCCCAUGUGUGAAUGUUGAGAGAAAAAAAAAUAUUUAAAGCUUUAGUAUAUAAUCAAUAUCACAGCCAUCCAAUAAAGGUGGUGACAUUACCUAGUCGCUUAACAAAGUGAAAAGAAGUGCUUCGAACCAACAAAACAAUAUCAACAACCGAAUAAUAUUAAGGCGAUCAGUGGAGGGUUGUUGAAUAUUGUCUAAUUUAGAAAUUACAAGGAAUAACAAAAAACAAAAUCACACACCCGUAUACAGAUGAUGAAAAUUCAUGUAAUGUCUCAGGAUCGAGUGCCCCAUCAUUAAUGUCUGAAUUUUAAUUUUGUGUGAUUAAACAUCAAAACGAACGAAAAAAAAAGUUUUCUUUUUGUUGCUUUCGUUUCUCGUCGGAUGGUGGCCACAACCAAAAUUUUAAUACCGAACGUACUGAAGAGAUAUCGAGUGUAGAAGAAAAAAAGAAACCGUAUCAUCUGAGAUGAUUCACCAGUUGUAGCUAUAUAAAAUAUACGUAAAAGAAUUGAUGAUGAUGAUCGCUGAUUCAAUAACAAAUGUAAAUUAUUAACAACUAAAAUGAAAAGUAUAGUGAGCAAUUUUUUUAAAUGAACAACUUAUUCCAAAACAAUUAGAUAAAAUUAAACUUCGAAAUCCGCACCGCACAACAACAAGACAUUAAAUAAUAAUUGAACAACAAGAAGAAAAUAAGAAUUUUGCGGCAAUUUGAAUAAAACAAAGUGUUUCCAAAUAUAAAAACUAGUGUUUAAACCAAAUUGAUUUAAAAAAAAAAGAACCGAACAUUAUAUACGAAGCCAAACGUACAAAAAACCAUUCCAAAGCUCGCUAAAAGAAAUUUACUUUUGUUUUCCAUUUAAAUCGAUAGUGAUCGUGUUUUCAUGAAGCCAACAUUCAUAUCGCGGUCAGUUUAACACGCACACACACACACACACACACACACACACACCGUAUUUGUUUGCUUCCUAAUAUUUGCUAGCCACUAUUCUGCAUAUACACAGCUAUUAGUAAUCUCCUGCGUUUAUUCUCUAAUCCCAUUUAUUUACAAUAAAAAAAAAUUAUUAUAAAUAAAACAAAAGUUAAACAAUUCACACAAAAAAUAAAUCAGAUAAGAAUUGCUAGAAACAAUUCGAACGGAGUUUUGUUCGAAAAGUAAAUCAAUAAAAUAAAUCAAAAUGGCAACACCACCCGAGGUGGAUCAAGAUCAGAAUAUGUACGUGAAUUUUGAUUCAAAAGGGCCAUAUAUAUCCAUACCGCAGUUCUAUGCCGGCCGAAGUGUAUUUAUCACUGGUGGAACAGGUUUUAUGGGCAAGGUGUUAGUGGAGAAAUUGUUGCGAUCAUGUCCGGAAAUUCAGAACAUUUAUUUGUUAAUGCGACCCAAACGUGGACAAGAAGUCUCAGCUCGAUUAAAUGAACUACUUAACUCACCCCUCUUCGAUACGAUUCGCAAAGAGAAACCAAAUGAGUUAAACAAAGUAAUACCAAUAUGUGGUGAUAUCACGCUCCAUCAGCUCGGUAUAUCAGAAAGCGAUCAAGCUCUAUUGUGUCGCAAUGUGUCCGUAGUAUUUCAUUCAGCAGCCACAGUUAAGUUCGACGAAAAAUUAGAACUAUCCGUUAAAAUCAAUAUGUUAGGUACAAAACGUUUAGUUGAAUUGUGUCAUCGAAUGAUGAAUUUAGACGCACUUGUUCAUGUUUCAACCGCGUAUUGUAAUUGUGAUCGAACUGAAAUCCAGGAAGUAAUUUAUCCAACGCCGUACGAUCCAGCCAAUAUAAUUAACUUAAUAAGUUGGCUGCCAGAAGAUGUUCUAGACAAGUUAACACCGUCGCUGAUUGGCAAACGGCCAAAUACUUAUACGUUCACAAAGGCGCUCACUGAGCAAAUGCUGCUUGAGGAAGCCGGAAAUUUGCCGGUUGCCAUCGUCCGACCAUCAAUAGUGAUUGCAUGCCACAGUGAACCGGCUGCGGGUUGGUUAGAUAAUUGGAACGGACCGACUGCUAUAAUAUCGGCCGUUGGCAAUGGGCUAUUCCGUACGAUAAUUUGCGAAAAGGAUUUCUUAUGCGAUGUUAUUCCAGUUGAUAUUGUCAUUAAUUUGGUGAUCACGACGGCUUGGCGAACGGCCACAACUAAAUCACGCAAUAUGAAAAUCUACAAUUGCGUAACCAGCCGACAGCAGCCAAUAACAUGGGGCGAAUUUGUGGGCUAUUCGAUAAGAAAUAUGAUUCGGCAUCCGAUGGAGGGUGUUGUUUGGUAUCCAACCGGAGCCUUACGCAUGAAUCGCUUUAUAAAUGCGAUACAAGGAUACUUGGUACACUACAUUCCAGCCUAUUUCCUCGAUAUGUUUGCCUGGGCGAUGGGCAAAAAACCAAUAAUGAUUAAGAUCCAGAAUAAAUUGGAAAAGGCAGUUGGUUGCUUAGAGUAUUUCACCACACAUCAAUGGCGUUUCACCGAUGACAAUGUUCGCGAAUUGCUAACGCAUAUGAGUGCCACCGAUCGCAGCACAUUUCAAUUUGAUGUCACCCACAUUGAUUGGGAUGCCUAUUUUGAGCGAUAUAUUCUAGGGCUAAGGGCAUUUUUAUGCAAACAAAAUCCGAAAACAUUGCCAAGCAGUAGAAAAAAAAUGACCAGAUUGUAUGUUGUGCACCAAAUGUCCAAAAUCCUUAUAGUUAUAUUCACGUGGCGAUUCUUGAUGGCGCGUUCGAAGAAAAUCCGUGACGCAUGGUCGGGCAUUUUACGCAUUAUACUCCAAACUUUAAGUCUUUUACCGUUCUUUUAAACAACAGAAAUUAAAACAAACAAACAAAAUAAUAGUAGAACAGCAGAUAAACAACAACAACAACAACCAAAUCUAUAAUCUAUAUAACACUAAGUCUAUCUUAAACGAAAUGAAAACAUUUAAAACAGACAAAAACAAAAUCAAAUGGGAUACACUUGUUCUCUGGGUAGGUGUAGAUGAUAAUAUCUAGCAGAUGAGAGGCUUUGGUGUGUAUCUAUGUUUGAAGCCAUUUUCUCUUUUUUUCCACUAUAUAUAAAAAAUAUUCCGAUGGCGAGCAGUAUGCUAAACUGUUGUAAUUUUCUUUCCCUCUAUCUUUCUUUCGAAUAAUUUUUUUUUCGUUUUUUUUUUUUAAAUUCAAUUCAAGUGCAAAUAUUGAGCGCAUGCUUCCAUUUAGUCGUCUUCAAUAGGUUUAUAUGAAUCGCAAUGUUAUUUUUUCAGUGGAACAAUUGAGAAACUCGGAAAUAAUACCAAGGGAAAAUUAUCAAGGAAAUAAUACCAAGGCUAUCUGAAACUUAAACACACACAAAAAAAAAACGAUUUACAAACAGAACUAGAAGUUCAUAUAUAGAGGUUUUCCCUUAUCAGUCAUUUAUUAAAAGCAAAAGAAAUAGAAAAAAUGACAAAGAAGAAGAAGAAGAAUAAAAAGCAAACACAAAAUAGGAUUGAACAUUGCAACAAUGUGCUGCUAGAACAGAAAAAAAACUCACAACUCUUCCAAAAAUAAAACGACAACUACAAUUCAGUACAUUGUUUUCAAGUUAUAAUAUGCAUCAUCUCUUGAGAUUGGCCAUUCGCAUUUCUUUUUCGGGAGCUUCACACAUCAGAUUUUAACAAAUUUCAAUGUAUAAAAAAAACAACAACAUCAAAUUAAUUUCCGUUUGAUACGCCACCAUCAUUUGGAAUGUGUUCAUAAACGCUAAAAACAAAACAAAUUUAAAUAAGAAACGCUCACGGCAUAUUUGGCCUGUGGUAGUUAUUUAAUUUCGAUUUUAAAGUCAUAGCUUUUAGAAUGUCAUGUUUUAUUUUUAUGUUUGUUAAAUUUUGUUUUCGUUUCUUUUUUUUUUUUCUUCUUUCAUAUGAGGCUGUGAGAAUGAAAAUGGCAAUACAGGAAUGAACAUUCUGAACCGCAUCAAGAAAAAAAAAAUCGCAAAAGUGAAUCAUGAGUUCUGAAUACGCAAAAGUGAACCAUGAACCUCCCAUGCUGCCCAUGUAAAUUUUUGUUUCACUUUUGCAUAUUCAGAACUCAUGAUUCCUUUUUGCGAAUUUUUUUUCUUAAUGCGUUUCAGAAUGUUUAUUCCUGUAUUGCCAUUUUCAUUCUCACAGCCACAUAUCUAAGUAGAAAUUCAUUUGAAAACAACAACAAACAAAUAUGAGAGAAGAAAUUAUUGCGAUUAACAAGCAAAACAAAAAGACAAUCUAUGACAAAUACAUAGAUUGAUGAAAUCCUUGUAUUUAUCACAUAAAAUGUUAUGGCAUCGAAUAGUUAUUUCGGCCAAAUUGAGCAAAUUGACAAAGAAAUACCAAACAAAAAAAUCAUAAGAAAAUCUUACACCAAAAUUGAAGUAUAUUUUCCAUUGAAAUUAUAAGAAUUGAGUAACAAAAGCAUUUCGACAUGAAACCCCAUGCAGGGGUGACAGUGAAAUGAUUACGAUGAUGAUGAUGAUGAUGAUGAUGAUGAGAUGAAUUUUGUUAUUGUUAUUUUGUGUACUAGCAAAAAUUUGAGAUUGUAUUUCAUGUCCUUCAUUUUAAAGUCAUUUUGUGCUAAGAAAACAUAAAAGAAGAAAAUAAAAAAAAAUUACUGCUUUUAUUCCUUCCUAACAAUUCGAUUUUCGCCUAACGAAAACUCUGCUUCCAGCCACCCAAACGGUUUUUUUCUUCUCUUCGGUUAAUCAACUUGAGCGAAACGACUUUUUUCACAGGUUAUGGAAUUCCGGUGGUCAACGUUCUUAAAACGAUCAAGAAGUAACAGAAUUUUGUUUUUUUGAAGAACAAAAAUCAAAAUAGGUCCCAACAUACACACACAAAAUAAAGGUGGCACAAUCAAUGACAGAGGGGAGAAAAUGUGUAAAUUGAAUCAAUUCUACAUGAAUUUUUUCGCUGAGGCUAAAAAUUUGCCACCUUUGACACUAUUUCAUGAUAAAGGGAUAGAAUGAACUAUUUGCAUUGUAUGGAUUGGAGUGGCAAAUCUAUAAAGAUUCGUUGCUUAGGCCUAAGCCUUUUUCAAACAACCCACGACCUUCAUGAUGACCCAUGUGGGCCAAAUGAAGUAAAUUUUUUUUGAACCAUUUCAUACAUGAGUUCCGAGGAAAAAUGCAUUCAUUCAUAUCAUCCAGUAUCAUCAAACAUUGUCGAAGAGACGAAUUUCCAGUCUCCUCGUAAAAAUGAAUGUAGAAUUUACUGAACAAAAUGAACAUAUUUUAUGCACUGAGUGGAUUCCAUUCUGACAUUUAUUCAGUCAUCUUCAUUUUGUGUGUGAACAAUUGCAUAUUAAAUAACGUUUAAAUGAAUUGACAUUCAUUUCUAUGGUAGCCCCCUCAGAAAUUUGCUGUACAAACGCGUAAUACACAACAAGCAGAAAAAAUAAUGUUUUCAUUCGAAAUUUUCAUUGUAAAAACCCAGUGCGAGAAGGAGUAUGAAAAGAGAGAGAGAGAGAGAGAGAGA